AGUAUUUCAACCGGCUCACGACAAAUUGUAGCUCACCGUUAGGCAUCGACACAUGCAGGGAUAACGAGCGUGUGCGAGCAGGCACGCAAUCACGUUACCGCCUUCUAAAAUGAAAAGCAAAGUUGCCACUUGCGCCAGUUACUACAGCCACACACUCGCACACACUAUUAUUGUGACUAAUACUAGCAGGCAGCAGUACCGUUGUCAUCUUUGGCGUGAAAGUGGUUCUCAGAACGCACAGUAGCAUUAUUCUUUGAUAACACAUACUAUUACUGUCACAGUUGACCGAACGACAGACGUAGUGGGGUGCUCUCGAUUUAACUCUAUCACUUUCUGUCGUUUCUUGUGCGUGUUACACGCACCGCCUGCUUCUCUUGGAUCAUUUAUUUUUUUGUGCAUAUUCAGAUCAUAUACGCACGCAUUCACGUGGUUGGUACUUUUUGAUUCUUUUGUCGUCAAGCGUGUAUGCCUGCUGCUGCCUUGCUUCUUACUCAGCUUCACCAAGCACUUUUUUCUUUCUUGUGUAUGCGCUUUCGAUUCUUCACACAUGUUUGACGUGCUUUUGUGUCGUCGUUGAAUUUCGUUCUCUCCAUCUUGUGUUCAUUAUUUUUUUCUCCCCAGGGUUCCCUCUUGUAAAGUGGUACCCGCCACUCUUUUCUUGUUUGCUUUCAGCGUGCCAGGUGGUAGCUUUCUACGCAUGGACCGUACGCCUGCGUCGCCUUCGCUGCAGGUAUACACAAGCGACGUUUUACUCUUCCUCUGCACCCUUAUAUCCUUGGCGUUUCGCACUUAUCGACAGAGCAUAGCCUUGUCUUGGAAUGAUGAGAGUGGUGCGCACGAAAUAGGUAGAGAGGAAUGGGGGGCACGCGCGUCGUCGGCGGCCCCGCUUCCGUUAGACGAGCGCACGUGUGAGGGACUGCCGCUGCCGCACAACAGUAAAUUCGGUUUUCCGACCACGGGAGGGUCAGAAAGCUUUGCAGCACCCCCCCUUCCGGAGAACGACGACCAUGACGACCAUGAUGAGGUCGAUGAAUCCCUCGCCUCUUUCGAGGUGGCGAUGCCCGUCAACGUCGCGUCCGAUCCGCUGUUGAUCCUUGCCGAGCGUCUUACGCUAGAGGAAAAGCUGUCCACCGCCGUGAACUGGCUCUCUUUGGUGUCGAACUGUCUCACCUACUCUCUGCGCCCGUCGCAGGUGCUGUAUACCUUUCUCUUCACAAACGGGGACUUUGUUCUCUUUGUGACCUCCUACAGCAAUCGUUAUCGGCAGAUGGGCCCGUCGAGCCACCUACACCCUCAGCAGCCGCCCGAUGCCCCGUUGGCACCGUCGUCGCUCCGCCCACAACGUCAGCACGCAGCGCUGCUUCGAGAAACUGGCGCGUCAGCGCUGCAAAGUUCACGUUCGCAGAGUGUCGGAAGCGAAGUGGACGCCAGCGCCAACAGUUUGCACGGCCGCUACGCGGGUAAUGAGGCACAGCUGCAGGACCGUGGCGACGUGGCAGCGGUGGCUGUGCCGCUGCCCUCGCACGCCCCCCUCCCUGCGAGUGCGAAACACGGGCCCCGCCAUCGCGAGAACGCGCAGUACGGCGCCCUACAAAGGAGAGUCGUCGGCGCUGGAGCAGCAGACCUCGUCGCAGACUCGCCCCAUCCUGUUUCUCCAAAGUCUCACGCCUUCCGCGUCGGGCGGCUGCUUCCCCGUCUUCACUACCAUGCGAGUCGCUGCGUCGCUUUUGCGCAAACGCAGCUGUCAUGGCUGCUCGUCCUCAACGCUCUUCUCACCUCUACAUUGGUCGUCUUUUACCUUCACCACCUGUUCUUUGGCCUCGGCACCCUGUUUGGCUACCUUGCGGCCGUCGCGUCUGUGUUUUUGUGCGGAAUGGAGAUGGGCUGCAUCGCUGUGCGGCUGCGUAGAAGAAAGGUGUGUGGGCGCGGCGGCGGCGGCUGCGGCACCGACACCGACGAUCUAGACGACUGUGGCUCUGCACCAACGACCGGGCGCGAUCCCCGUUGCUCGUCGGUGCCCAUGAGGGAUGCAACCGGACGAGGAGGCGAGACCGCGGAAUGGGAUCCGAGUAGCAGCGGCCUACAGGGCCCCUGCUGGGCCUUUCUGGGCGAACACCUCAGCGCCACCGCGUGCUCGCUCCUGUACUUGUGGAUGCUACUGGAAGAGGGCGACGCGUUGUGGUCCUCCCAUGUAGCGCUGAUGCGAUGGUACGUCGGCACAUGUGCGUUGAUGACGCUCUCGUUGCUAAAGUGUCUGCGCGCCUUUUUAUAG